AGAACGAGGAUAUCCAAAGAUCUUUUCCUUGGAGGAGUCAGUGAAGAGCUCUUGCUAAAAGAACAACUUUGUGAGGGUGUUUUCUGCAUUUCCUUCACCUUUGUCCUUAUCUGCUGGCUGGGAUGAGGGGGCUCAGGAGCCUUAUUGUCGGGCUCCUGUUGGCCUUCUUCUCCACUGCCUUUGGUCUUUAUUUCCCUCCUCACGUGGAGCAGCUGCCGACCAUCACCACUCAGACCUCAGGCUCUCUCAUUGCCUUGCCAUAUGAUGAGAACUUACUGUUCAAGUGUGAAGCCAAAGGCAACCCAAGACCUACGUACCGCUGGACGAAAGAUGGGAUGGAUUUUGACCCGCAUAAAGACCCUCGGCUCAUUAAAGAAGAAAGUAGUGGGACCUUUGUGAUCCCCAACACUAAAGAGAAAGUGAAAUACCAGGGAAAGUACAGAUGUUAUGCCUCAAACAAGCUCGGAACUGCAAUAUCAGAGGAAUCAGAGUUUAUUGUGCCUGUGGUACCCAAGUUUCCCAAGGAGAAGACAGAGCCAGUGGUGGUCACAGAAGGCGAUUCGGUGGUCUUGGUGUGUAACCCGCCACAAGGAACGCCACCUUGGCAGCUGUACUGGAUGACCAAUGAUCUUCGACACAUUGAGCAGAAUGAGAGGGUGUCCAUGGGCCUCAAUGGGAAUCUGUACUUCUCUAAUACACUGGUGACAGAUAGCCACGAUGACUACUGCUGUUUUGCCUCCUUUUCCAGGAUACGCACAAUCGUUCAGAAACCCCGCAUGGCCCUGAGGGUCAAGCCAAUUCAGAAGCGGAAGCCGAGCAUUUUGGUGCCCUCCAGUCAUUCAAUGACAUACCUAAAAAAAGGAGAAGAGCUGGAGCUGGAGUGUAUCGCAGAAGGACUGCCUACACCGGUGGUAGAAUGGAUCAAGAUGUGGGACAACUUAACAAAUCUUACACAAAUCAAGAACUAUGGAAAGCUUCUGACUAUACCAAACCUCACAGAUCAGGAUGAAGGGAGAUACAUGUGCAAAGCCAAGAAUGAUCUUGGUGAAGCUGUGCAUCAUUUUCAUGUUGUUGUGGAGGCAAAAAAGACCAUUCAAAAACUUUUGAACUGUAGUGUACUGUAUAAACCCAUGUGACAACUAACCCCAGUCUCUCCUAAACACUUUGGGUGCCAAUUCAACUUUGUUUUCUCCCCAGAUUUUCCUUCUACCAAUUACAAAAUGCUUGAUGACAGAAUAAUCAUCCUCAGAGCAGAGCAGAACGACACUGCCGUGUACCAGUGUGAGGCCUCCAACAAGCACGGGACCCUGCUUGUCAACACUAACGUGCUUGUCAUGAAUCAUCCCCCUUUGAUUCUGACGCCGAAUUAUCUGGAGUACGCAACCAUGUUAGACAAGAGGGUGAUUAUGGACUGCAGAGUCUUUAGUUCACCACCUGCCAGCAUUAACUGGAGAAGAGAAGACCCAGAGGGCUCUCUAGAUGGAGAGAGAUAUUCUCUCCUGAAGAAUGGCUCCCUGCAGAUUCACAAAGUCGAGAUGGGAGAUAUGGGCCAGUACAAAUGUUUGGCAAACAACUCCGAAGGCACCAUGAGCCUCACCACUGAACUUUUCAUUAAAGAUUCAACGAGGAUCGUCAAACCUCCUCAAGACAUGAAGGUCAGAAGAGGAUCAAUGGCGGAGCUGGAGUGCCAGGUGGAGUGCGAUCCCACCCUCAGAAGAGAGCUGGAGAUCUUGUGGAUGAAAGAUGGGAUGAAUAUCCUCUCAAACUUCUCUGAAGGAUAUUUCACAGAUGAUGGAGUUCUCCAGAUUCUCAAUGUGAGCCACAGUGAUAAAGGGAAAUACACCUGCAUUGUUCGAACAUCACUAGACCAAGAUACAGCUUCUGCAUACAUAACUGUGUUAGAUGUCCCAGAUCCACCGGUUCAACUGACACUCACUGAUCUGAAAGACCGCAGUGUGAGGCUCCACUGGACGGCCGCCAGUGAUCAUAACAGUCCCGUAGCAGAGUUCAUCAUCCAGUACGAAGAGAACCACUGGGAGCCGGAGAAGUGGAAGGAGCUUCUACGAGUCGCAGGCAGCCAGAUCUCUGCCCCCUUGACGCUCUACGGCCACAUUAACUACCAGUUCAGAGUCAUCGCUGUUAAUACUAUUGGGAAAAGCUGUCCCAGCAUGCCCUCCGAAAGAUAUAAGACACCUCCCUGUGCUCCCGACAGGAACCCAGAAAACAUUAAGAUUGAGGGUCACCUGCCACAUCAGAUGGACAUCAGCUGGGAGCCGCUCUUGCCUGUGGAGCACAACGGUCCCAGUCUGGAAUACAAACUGAGCUACAGGCUCAUGGGUGUCGAGGACAGUUGGAAAGAACAGAUGGUGAAGAGACACUCAUUUGUGGUGCGAGACACCCCAACAUUUGUCCCUUACGAGGUCAAGAUCCAGGCCUUUAACCAUCACGGGUGGGCACCAGAGCCCAGAGUGGUGACUGGUUAUUCCGGAGAAGACAUGCCCUUGGCGGCUCCUGAAGACGUAUCUGUGGAGGUGUUGAACUGUACGAUGCUGAGGGUCAGCUGGUCACCGGUGCCCCAAUCUGCCUUGAGGGGCCAUCUUGGAGGAUACACUGUGCACUGGUGGCAAACUCAAAGUCUGUUGACCUCUAAGAGAAUUCCCUCAGAGAGACAGUCUCUCACCAUGCCUGGAAACAGGAGUCACACCAUGGUGCCGGGACUGAAGCCAUUCUCUGAAUAUAGCCUGACUGUCAACGUCUUUAACCGGAGAGGGAAUGGACCCAGCAGCAGUCCCAUCUCUUUCACAACUCCACAGGGAGUUCCUGAGCAACCUCCCAUCCUCAAAGCCACAAACUUUCAGAAAGACUCCAUCACGCUGGUGUGGGCACCUCCGCAUGAAACCAACGGCUUUCUCACGGGAUACUUGCUGCAAUAUCAGACAGUUAAUGAGACUCUGGGUGAGCUGAAAUAUGUGAACAUCAGUGCAUCAGAUACAACACAGUGGGUCUUGCGUGAUCUGCAGGAGGACAACUGGUAUACGUUCUACCUGAGUGCGUGCACGCAGGUGGGCUGCGGGUCAGCCAUCAGUGAGGAAGGAGGCACCGUCUCUGAGGCGUUGCCUAGUAAACAACUCAUGGCAUCCCAGGAGUGGUUUGUGGUGAUGAUGUGUGCGGUGGCAUUACUAACUCUGCUUGUCCUCAUCGGCUGUUUUGUGCUCAAGAACAAAGGCGGCAAGUACGCAGUGAAAGAAAAGGAGGAAACUCCUGCUGAUCCCGAAGCUCACGCCAUGGGUGAAGAAUCUCCUUGCGAGUACAGUGACAAUGAUGAGAAGCCGCUGAAGAGCAGCCAUCAGUUGUUCACAGACAUCAAAGCAGAUGAUAGCAGCGAGGACAGCUCUGUGAUGUCGGACGAUGACGACUGCGAGUUCAACGAAGAUGGGUCGUUCAUCGGCGAGUACUCGGGGUACAAGCGUAGGGUGUCCACAGAAGUGAACGGACACACCCCGGUGACUUCUUAAUGCUGGUUCAACCUUAGGAACUUUUAAACUAUUUUACAGGGAGAACGAGAAGUUUGUUUGUAAGAUGUGCCAUGAAUGUGCCUAUGUUUUGCUUUUGCGUGAAUGGCCACUUCUUUACAGUAUUAAUAUGAAGGGUGAUGACAGGUUAUAGUCCCGGCCAACAUGGAAAUUAUGCCAUCAUUUACUCAGCGUUUCAAUCUGGUACGACUGACUUUUUAAGACAUUUAGUAGAAUGUUCAUGGUGCUCUUUUCUUACAAUAAAAAUA